AAUUAGGUUUUGGCUUCAAAUUGUUCACGUUUCACAUUGUAUUUCCAUUUUUUAUCAUUUCAGUGCAUAACAUAUACAUCAGUUCGAAAGAAGAUAAGUUUCGUUUGCAAUCUAGAGGGUGAACCCCAGUUUGUUUACGUCAUCGGUUUGUUGUUGACUCAAAGUAUCUAAGUAGUAUCACGCGAGAAAAUAUCUUUGCACGGGAUGGAUCUUGAGCAGAUUCACCAGGAGGCCCGGCAAGCGGCGCUGAAUGAAGUGAAAAAUAUGUUCCAACGGUCCAACCAGAUGGAAAAAGUGGAUCAGUACCGUCGCCGCAUAUAUCGCAAGAAUCUCUCCAUGGACGCGCAGCUGAAGACGUGCAUGCAAAAUCAGACUGAUGAUGUGAAGAUUGGCGUAAAAAAGUUACAAACCGCAUUGGAUCAAAUCCAGGAGAUCGGUGACCGGAUGAAGAACACUUUUGCAAUGCUUGCGGACGUACCAGCCGUUUACGAUACGCUCGAGAGCGUCCGGGAUGAGAACGCCAAACAUUCCCAGUACAUGACGGCGAUGGAGAAUUUGAAGCACAUCUUCACCGUCCAGUCAAGUGUGGACAAAGCGAUGCAGUGGAUUGAAGAGGACAAGCUGUUACACGCGCACCAGUGCCUAUCGGAUUUGGAAAAUUCACGCGACGAUCUGCUGUAUGAGCUGCACAAACUUCCCAAGCAGAACGCGCACGACAAGAUUACCCUUAAGCGGUAUUUCGAGAAGGUCGAGACGGUGUCAGUGACGCUUGAGAAGAAAAUUCGCCUCGUCCUGCAGCGUACGCUCAACACGGUACGCAAGGAACCAACCGUUAUCGUCACGUCGCUCCGUAUUAUCGAGCGAGAGGAAAAAGCGGAUGCGUUCGCGUUGCAGCAACAGAAAAAUACGGGCUUUAUCGCACCUGGACGCCCGAAACGCUGGCGCCAGAAGGCUCUGGACGUGUUGAACGAUGCAGUCGUGCAGCGAAUCGAGGGCUCGAAGCUUGAAGAACGGUCCGACAACAAGAUGUGGUUGGUACGAGAUCUCGAGCUAACGAGACAGUUCCUGUUGGAGGACCUGCGUGUGGUUAAGUCGCUUUGCGUGCCUUGCUUUCCUCCGCAUUACAACAUUCUGAAUGAGUACGUAAAGAUGUACCACAACGCCAUGUCGAAAUAUCUCGAGGAACUAAUACAGACGGGUCUGGAAGGCAACGAGUACAUAACGAUUCUGUCGUGGAUCAUGAACACAUAUCCCGGUCGCGAACUGAUGCAACACCCUGACCUGCAGAUCGAUCUGUCCGACGCAGGUCCGUUGGUCAGCAAGCAACGGCUGCACGAGAUGGAGACGGCCUAUCUGCGCACGAUGGAACGCAACUAUCAGGAGUGGAUGACGAAGACCCUGGAAACGGAGAAAACCGACUGGAUCAGCGGGGUCGAGAUGGAUUCGAGCGAUCAGUAUUAUCACACCUCGGCGCCGAUGAUAAUUUACCAGAUGAUUGACCAAAACCUCCAAGUUACCAAUACGACUCAUUCCGAUCUCACGUUUAACGCGCUCAUUCUGAGCAUCCAGCAGAUGACCAAAUACGGUCACAUCUAUCGAACGGCGGUGAUCGAGUACAAGGAGCGGCAUUUCCGCGACCGCAGCCAGGCUCCGUUCUUUACGCAACACAUCAUCACGAUCGUCAACAAUUGCCAGCAGAUGAUCGAGAUAGCUCAACAGCUGAAGCAGCUGUACUGGCCAAAAUCGAAGACGCAGCACUACGAAGAGUUCGAGAAGCUGGUCAAAACGUAUCAAACGCUGCGUGACGAAACGGGGCUGUUCCUGCUGGAGGAAGCUUUCCUCGACUUGGAGGGUCACUUUAACGAGCUGUUCACCGCUAAGUGGACGGCGUCCUCCGUCUCAGUCGAUACGAUUUGUGUCACGCUCGAGGACUACUUUCAGGAUUACAACCACCUACGAGCGGCCAACUUCGAGUACGUGAUCGGAGAGGCACAAAAGCUGGUGGCGAAGCGGUACAUCAAGGCGAUGCUGUCGAAGAGGCUGAACAAAAAUCGAGCCGAAUGUGAGGCGUUGGCAAAGAAGAUUGCUAAAGAAGCGAAACAGAUUAGGGUGUUCUUCGAGAAGGUAGCACCAAAUGUGGCGAAAGGUGACUCUCCGAUCGAUGUCAUUUCCAACUUGGCUGGGCUGUUAAAUUGUGACACAGAGAUGCUCGUGCUCGAUCUGCAUUCACUGUUGUCGUCGUACCCAUCGAUAACAGAGGAUCAUCUUGUCCGACUAUUUUACAUGCGGAGCGAUUUCAAGAGCAGCGAGCUGAAGGAAAAGGUACAGGAUGCGCUGGUUUCGAGAAAAUCGACCAUUAGUCAUGACAAGCAGGAUGCAAUCUUCAAAGAGAUCGUGUUCUCCGACAAGCUGUGGUAG